GAAAAUGAAAGUCAAUAAAUAAUUUAAUUAUUCCGUCAAAAUGUCCACACCUCUCCUCGAGCUCACACAGCAGCUGCAUAGAACACUGGUGGUCACCACGAUUUGUCAUCUGAAAUGAAACGGGCAAGCAAGUGUUCAUGAAACGCUUUCAUUUCUUCGUGCUUUUCUUUCCUUCUUCCGCCGCUGUUUGGUCCGAUCAUCUCCUGCCUGCUCGGACCUUGUGUGAAAGUCGUCUGCUGACUGACUGCUGUGAUUUGUGGGACUAGAGGGGGGAGGCUGUACACUACAGUCAAGGCCUGGAAUGAAUACGCUGCAGUCCUGCUAUUCCUACUAAAUCAUGACGGAAAGCCAAGUUUGAAAGGUCAGAGGUGGAUCAGUGUUGAGGUAACUUGCCCCUCAGACAAAGAAGGUGAUUUCUUGAGGAGGGAGCAAGAUUUCAGGUCUUUGGAUGUUGAGACCAUAUUGUACUCUGAGGAACUUUGUGAAGUGAACAUUAUGCACUAUGGAGUUUGAAAAACUGUACCAUCUCACAACGAGUCUCAGUCCUAGAUGAAAGGUACUGUACAGUAACGGUAAUCCCAGCCAGACAGGCCCACUUUCACUGCUCAAAUGACCGUCAAAACAUGGAGCUACCACUCACUGAGGGCUAGUUGUGCAGCACAGAGGGACAGCUAGAGCAGAGGACGCUAACGACAUCUCACAGUGACAUCAAGGUUAUGAGGUACUGAGGACAUCACACUGUGAAGACCAGGUCACACUGCUAACUAGCCUUUAAGCCUGGUAUUCGUUUUCAGACCACAACCAAAUGGUGUCCGUAAGCAUCAUAGAAAAACACUGAGUAAACUUGACAUGACUCUGCGGCCAUUACCGUGACCUACAUCUUUGGUGUUUGUGUGUACGUACCGCCCGGUGGUCGGGUGAAAGAUCUUGGAAGUGAGGUGUUAAUACUUUCAGUUGGUGCUAUUCUUAGCUGGAAAAGGGAAACUCAGCACACAUGUUCCAAGUACGGUUUUGAGUUGUGUUUACCAAAGAAAGCAUUUUUAAACAACUUUUUAAAAGGCGAGGCUCCGGGAAAGGGGAAAAAGUUUUACAAACUUUACACCUGCAUUAGGUUAUUUUUGAAUAAAGAUAAUCUCAAACUAAGGUUUUAAGCGCAACCUGUUUUGCCAUUUCAAGACUGUGCCAACUCUGUAGGCUUUUGGGAAAGUUUUACAAAUAUUAUACCUCCAUGAGGUUUUAUUUUUAAAUCAAGAUCAUCUCAUACUCAAGUUUUAAGUGCAAACCUGUUUUGCCAUUUCUUGCCGAAGAAUUUUGUUAUAUCAUCUCAUCAAUCAUAGGAGUCCAGAAAGUCACGUAAUUUUUUAAAACAAAAAUAAAGUAAAUUUCAUCAGUUUUCUACCUGUAGUAAUUAAGUAGGAAAAGUUGAGAGUAUUAUAGCAACUCCAAUCUGCCAAAUUUUUGCCACUUAUUUGCAUUUAAAUCCCAUAAAAUUUGCAAAUUAUUCCAUGCUUUUUUAUCUUGACUGUUUAGAGAUCUAGUUUUGAAGAUGUUUAUUUUUUAUCAAGUAACAAACCACAAGGGAAACUGACUGGGUAAGUUUUCAAAAUAGUUGGGGUCCACACCAAUUUUUUGAUAUUUAAAAAAAGUCAAAUUUACUCAAUAAACGGCUUGUUAAAAAUGGGUUGAGUUAGAUACAUGUAUUUUCAUCCCUGCCAGUUCUUGCCGAUAAUGAGAUGAAAUAAUUUGAAGCACGAAGGGAUCGUUACAUUCAAUUUGUUAUUUACAAACUUUGUUGGUUUGGCUCUUACGCAAGAAACUGACACAUUCCUCCCAUAUAAGGGCAUCGAGCACUUUGUGAGUGAAGCUAAAUGAUUAACUCUAGGAAGUGUGGGACGUUGAUAUUAUCGGGUUUGACCCAACGGAUACAUGAGAAAGUGCAAGAUAUGGUGUAUUUGGUUCUCUAAUUAGCCUGAUCAUGUCCUAAAUAAAUUCAAAGAGAGCCUUAACUAUCCAUGUUGACAAAGACCGGGUUAAUAAGUUUCCACUGCCAUCAUCACAAUUUAGGUACUUCAGACCUGUGGGGUGUCGAUCUGACUUUGUAAGCUGGUUGAGAUCUGACUAAGUCUUACUGCUUGAUUUCCUGUGACGUUGUGUCAGUGUGGGAAUGAGUCAGGCCAGGUUUGAGGUCAUCAAUCUCAAGGCAACACAGCGCUCUGAAGUCUAAAGGAAGUCAAAUGUUACUCUAGGGAUUUUUGGCAAAGUCAGACUGUCCUUUUGUUUAUUUAUUCAUUUACAGCGAUACUGUUUUCACUCUCAUGAUCAAUUCAGUACUGCGCUGUACUAAAACCACUGAGGUAUCUAAAUUGUAAUUUUCCUGCAACGUGUAAACCAUGUACUCCAUGAACCGUGGAUUUGUGUACGUAAUCGUGGCCUGUUCUCUCGUACUUCUUUCUAUACUAACCUACACCCAAGUUCUUCCGCAUCACAUGGUGAGAUUGAGCCACAGGCCUUUGGCGACGCCUGUGGCCAGGGGACUCUUGGGAAGCAAUCAUUCCACAAGGUUCGUUAGUAAAACCUUGAAUGCGGUUCCGAUAGAGGUACUAGACACCAUGGAUAUGGUUCAACAAAGAGAGAUCUUCAAUCAAACAAAUGCCACAUUAGUCAACAAAGGUACCAACCCUGGGAAAGACCCUGGGAGAGUGAGUAACCUGCAUCAGGGCCUGAAAGUCAUCGUCCUCGCCAGAAUGCGAACUGGCUCUACACUCCUUGGGGAAAUCUUCAACCAAAAUCAACAAUUGAUGUAUCUGUUUGAGCCGCUCCACGCGACGGACAGCAUGGUCAAAAUGGGAUUGAUGACACCCGACAAGAUGAAUGUAGCCAUGAGAGGUCUUCUCGGUAAGCUCGCACAUUGUACAUUCCCAACGGAGUUCAUGCAUGACAUGUACAAGUGGUCCAUCGGGAAGGCAAAGAGCACAACCAUCCAUGGGAUAUGCAAGGCUUCAUCUCGCUGCGCAGACGUCGUCCCCGGUAUGUUAGUUCAGACCUGUCGGCAGCACAAGGGCAACAUGGCCAUGAAAUUAAUCCGUGCUGACCUGGACACUGUCCAGCCUCUUAUAACCAAUGACAAACUCAACGUCAAAAUAAUACAUCUCAUCAGAGAUCCACGCGGUACAGCAAACUCCAGAAAGGGCUAUUACUGCCCGCGUAAAAAAAUUCCCGCCAAGGACUGUACGUUGGAUAAUCUUAAACUAUUGGAGCAUGACCCAGACAAUUUUAAAUUCAACACGGUUCACAAAUUGUGCCAGUGGAUGCGAAAAACGGUACCACUCGCAUUGCAGAGGCCGGAAUGGCUUCGAGGGCGCUAUAAGCUCAUCCGAUAUGAGGAUUUAGCUGCAGAUCCAUUCCGCUUAACGCAAGACAUCUAUGACUUUCUUGGGCUUCCCAUGCAACCUGAGGUGACCCAAUGGGUUAAGACAAACACCCAGGAGAACACAAGUAAAAGUACAAACACUUUCAGCACUAAGAAGAACUCAUCGGAGGCUUCGAUGCAUUGGCGCAGUUUACUGAGUUUCAAAGAGGUCAAGGACAUUGAGAGGAAAUGUGGUGAUGUCAUGGAGAUGCUUGGAUACCAGCCAAUCACAAGUGAGGAUGAAUUGACCAAUUAUAAUGUACCUGUUACUCUACCGCUAAAUAUUGGUACAGAUAUAAGCUUUGUGUAGGAGUUCACACAUUCAAUCAAUCACAUGUUACACAUGAGGCAAGGGUGUGGCUUCGUCUCUCCAGGGCCCAAUUUUAUAGAGCUGCUUUGCGGCUGAUUUUGUUAUUACUGUGUGAUUUCAAUUUCAUCAUAGCACUGCUAUUACCGUAAGCACACGAUUUAAGACGAUCAAGUGUUUAAAUUAGCAAAGUAAUUCUUAAUUUUAUUAUCCUACUGCAUUUGGUUAUGUAUUUCAAUUCCAUAGAGGUUAUUUUAUAAAAGAAGAAAGGUAUAUUUUGCAUAUCGGUUAUCAGUGUAACAACUCAGUAGAGACCUUCUUUGAUGAUGCCCCCUUUUUGGUCAUGUUCCUAUUCGGCAACACAACAGUAACAAGUGCUAAAUGUUUUAGUAACCUAAAGGGGCCUGACUGUUUACUGAUUGAUUUCGGUGGGGCCUUUUACAUAGGGGGGAAAACAAAAUGGCCGCACCAUUCUUAGUUUUUUUUUUCUGCAACCCAACAAAUCAUGUUAAUAAAAAUUUAGGUUCAUUUUUGUAUUGCAUUGAAUGAAUAAUGAUAAAUGAUGGUGAUUUAUCUGUACAUUAUCAUUACUAUGGUUAGAUUAAUCAAAGGAAAUUAUAAAAUUGUAAAUAUUACCCUCACAACUCAUCCAAGUGUAAUAGUUUAGUCUUGAAAAAGUGUAAUAUGGAUGUAUAAGCUUUAACUAUAAAGAUUGAAACACAACAAAUUAGUUGAUUUUUGAGUGUAAGGUUUCUUUAUACUGCAACAACUCGACCGGGCAAGGUUUUUAGCCAAUAGACAACCAGGUAUUCAUGAAAUAGUAUAAAAUGAAUUAUAA